CCUAUGAACGACCUCGUGUGCACAGUACGGAGUACACAGUAAUGGUGUUACGCUGACAACGCUAGACCGGAUCGAGGAUGGCGCAUAGAUAAGAACGAGUACCUAUAUUUCCUCGCAUCGUCGCACAACGCUGAAAUCACAACGUUCCCGCGGAUCUUCCAAUAAGGGACGUGUUGAUUCGUCCUGGUUGGAUCGAUAUUGAUCGAGACAUCUUGCAAAUAAUGUAGCGUCAUCAUCCAUCGCGCUCUGAUGAGCAGUUUCAUCCCACAUUUUGUAAGUGGCUGUCUUUUUGUUGUCCCUGUGCUUCUUUCUCUUCCAACCUCACUCGGUGCGUCUCUCCCAACACCUGGAGACGCCCUUCUGGCUAUGGGAGACUCCGUCUAUCUAUACAUACAUCCAACUCUCUGAUCCCACUCGUGAAAUAUGGAAGAUCCAAAGACGGAUUCUCAGGGCAUUCCCGAGAAGAUCGAAACCUUAGAUACACAACAAGCGAAGGACAUUCUACCUCCAUCACCUCCUCCCACAGAUGAUAACGUCUCAGACCGGGACGAUGACAAUGUGGAUGUGGAAAUCCCUCUCCCACCCCCGACCACAAUCCCUACCAAGGUCCUAGAUGUCGACCUCAAAACACCGGACAGUCAUGUACCACGAGAUCCCAGGCUGAUCAGACUGACUGGUGUCCACCCGUUUAAUGUUGAAGCACCCUUGACGGAACUCUUCAACGAAGGGUUUCUGACGAGUCCAGAAUUAUUUUAUGUUCGCAACCAUGGAGCAGUCCCGCAAGUCCAGGAUGAGGACAUCAUGGACUGGGACUUUACCGUUGAAGGCCUCGUUGACAACCCAAUGACAAUUUCAUUACGACAACUGAUGACUGAAUAUGACCAAGUCACCUAUCCCAUCACAUUGGUUUGUGCUGGCAACAGGCGGAAAGAGCAAAACAUGGUCAGGAAAAGUAAAGGUUUCUCUUGGGGUGCCGCUGGACUUUCCACAGCACUCUUCACCGGUGUUGUAAUGUCAGAAGUGAUUCGACGAGCCAAACCCAAACGGAAGGCAAAAUACGUCUGCAUGGAGGGGGCCGAUAAACUGCCCAAUGGAUUCUACGGCACGUCUGUCAAGUUGAACUGGGCUCUGGAUCCUAACCGUGGAUUCAUGCUCGCCUACAAAAUGAACGGCGAGACAUUGAGGCCCGACCAUGGAUUGCCACUGCGUGCUGUUAUCCCUGGACAAAUUGGUGGCCGAUCUGUCAAGUGGCUCAAAAAGCUCAUCGUCACAGAUAAACCCAGCGACAACUGGUACCACAUAUACGACAACCGAGUGCUGCCGACGAUGGUGUCACCAGAGGAGUCUGCAAAUAAUCCCAAAUGGUGGACAGAUGACAGAUAUGCAAUUUACGACCUCAGUCCAAAUUCAGCCAUUUGCUACCCACAGCAUGAAGAGCAACUAUGCCUCACUGGAGGUCCCAGUACCUACCGUGCCAGAGGUUACGCAUAUAGCGGAGGUGGUCGACGUAUAACACGUGUCGAAGUCAGCCUCGACAAAGGCAAGACCUGGAGGUUGGCCGACAUUGAGUACGCCGAAGACAAAUAUCGUGAGGUUGACAGAGACCUUUUCGGUGGCAAUAUCGACAUGCAUUGGCGGGAAACAUGCUUUUGCUGGUGCUUUUGGUCAAUCGAGCUUUCGCUGGAAGAGUUGUCUGGGGCAAAGGAUAUGUUCGUCCGGGCGAUGGACGAAAGCAUGAACGUCCAACCACGAGACAUGUAUUGGUCAGUUCUGGGUAUGAUGAACAACCCAUGGUUCCGUGUCACAAUUGCUCUAGAAGGGGACUAUCUCCGCUUCGAACAUCCUACGCAGCCAGCCCUAAUGCCUGGUGGCUGGAUGGAACGAGUGAAGAAGGCGGGCGGUAACCUUGCCAACGGCUUUUGGGGUGAAAAGCUCGAAGGCGAGGACAAGGUUAUACCCGACGAAGAGCAAGCCAAGGAAAUAUCUAUGGUCAAGGAAGGCCUCAAAAACCCAAUCACGAUUGACGAGCUCAGAAAGCACGACAACGAAAAAGCACCUUGGUUUGUGGUCAAAGGCGAGGUCUACGACGGUACCGAGUUCCUCGAAGGACACCCUGGUGGUGCACAGAGUAUCAUUUCAGCAGCCGGGCUCGAUUCGAGUGACGAAUUCAUGGCCAUCCACAGUGAAACUGCGAAGGCCAUGAUGACGAAAUAUCACGUUGGAUCUCUAGACGACGCAGCAAGGACCGCAUUGACAGAAGGAGACGUUGAGGCAGAUCAGUCCGGCGCUCCCUCAGAGACAUUCUUGAAUUCCAAAGUUUGGAAGAAAGCCAUCCUCUCCGGCAAGAAGAUUGUCUCUUGGGACACACGUAUCUUCACCUUCAAGCUGGAAUCCCCCGAACAACGCCUGGGUUUGCCAGUAGGACAGCAUCUCAUGGUCAGGCUAAAAGACCCUGCGACCCGCGAAGCCAUUAUCCGCAGCUACACGCCCAUCUCCGAGAUCAACGACAAGGGAUACAUGGAAAUGCUGGUUAAAGUGUACUUUGCCAACGCAUCGACCAAAGGCGGAAAGAUGUCUCAAGCCAUGGACGCGCUUCCCAUCGGGCACUUCAUCGAGAUGAAAGGUCCCAUCGGCAAGUUCGAGUACCUCGGCGACGGCAAGUGUCUGAUCCAAGGCAAAGAGCGGUUCGUGAGCAACUUCGUCAUGAUCUGUGGUGGAAGCGGUAUCACGCCUAUCUACCAGGUCUACCGGGCCAUUAUGCGCAAACCCGAGGACAAAACAAAAUGCGUCAUCUUCGAUGGCAAUCGAUUAUUCGAGGAUAUCUUGUGCAAAGAGGAGUUGGAUGUGCUGAUGGAAGGCAACGAUCAUCGGAGUAAAGUCUUGCAUACCCUCACAAAAGCUCCGGAUGAUUGGACCGGUUUGAAAGGACGAGUCACAGGUGAAUUGGUGAAAGAGCACUCCGUGAGGAACGACAAUUCUUUGGUCUUGAUUUGUGGUCCCGAGGCUCUGGAGAAGACUAUGCAUAAAGCUCUACUGGAGCAAGGGUGGACUGACGACCAGUUGAUGUUCUUCUGAUCUUGACGCUGACGCUGUAUGAAGGGAUGCAAACGCAAAAAGCAGCAUGAAAUCUAUUUUUGGGCAUGGCGAUGGCGUUCUUGGGUGUUGAAAGCGUUGAGAAAUUGAUUGUCGCCACCAAAGGCACAGAUAGUAUGUAAAACAGAAAUCUACAUGAACAAGAAUAUGAGCGUUGGA